AUGGCGGGCGGCGUGCGGCGCGCAACACCCAGUGUCGAGGAGUUCCCGCAGUCGAAGGCGCCUCGCCGCGCGCGCCAGUCCAAGGGGGCUGGCUCGAAGGCAGCGGCGCGUAGGCGCUGCGAUGGGCCCUUGGAUUCCGCUGCCUGCGCCCGCGGCGCCGCGGCUGGUCGCAGCGAACACGCGCUCCGCGGCUGCGACCGGUGCUGCGUGACGUUCGAGCGGCACAUCCAGCAGGACAUGCCGCGGCAGGAUUGCGACGAGAGGUGCCGCGCAGACCCGUCCUUCAACGAGGAUUUCGAGAAGCACAUCGAGGCAGGCCGCCAGCUUGCGGAGGCCCUCUCCCCGGCGCAGUCGGAGAACGGCUCGGUCGAGGUCGACGUCUUCUACGGCCGGGAGGUCUCCAAGGUGAGCGUCCAGCUCACGCAGCAGCAGUGGAAUGAGAAAGAAAACCCACCUGGCAUCGCGGGGAUCACUCCAGAGUUCGCCAAGGUGGAGGAGACUCGGGCGCCGAGCAGCACCCAGCCUGGGGCAUCCAGCACGGGCCCGUGCACGGAUAUUCAGAACUACUCCCGCACAGAGGUCAAGAUGUCGACCAUAAAGAUUCACGCAUCGCAGGUCGCCAAGGCCGGCGGGAACAUGGAGGUCUUCAGGAAGGAGAUCGCGAAGGAGAAGGACCGGGCCUUUGAGAAGGCCCGCGAUGCAGGGCUCGUGCAGAUGGACGCUCGGCCCAGUGGCCCUCCCCUCCAGAUGGCGGCCCUCGCCGGCGCGAGCGUGAACAGCGACCGCUCUGGAGGCGCAGCUGCCGAUGCGGGGGCCCUGGCUGAGGCGUCGCGUCACGCAGCCGCCAGGGUCCAGGCGGUGUCGAGCGGCGGCGGGGGCCGGGGCGCCAGUGCAGCGAGUGCCCUUGCAAGCCCUGCGCCUAGUCUUCCCAUGGCGGGGCCAGCAUCGGCCCCACCAAUCCGGAGGCGGCCGACCAGGGUGCUGACGGACAUGGGGUCGCCACCUGGCCCUGCGCGGUCGGUGGCAGGAGCUCGCGACCGUUCGAGGUCGCCCGCGAUGAGCCUGCCAAAUUUGAUCGGGACCCAGGGCCGCAGGACCACUCCGAAGGCAGCGGGCUCGGCCGCGGUUCACAAUAUGCAGCGCGACGAGGCGAUGAAGGAAGACGUAGUCAUUAGCCAGAUCUUGGACGGCCUGCCCAAUUGGGACAAGGUGUACUCCCUGAAGCGGUUCAAACCCACGUCCCCGAGCAUCGCGAUCAUGGCCGAGAACUUGUGCAAGAAGGCCGACGCAGCGUCGACGCUAGUGACCGACAUGUGUCAUAAGGGGCGGGGGCAGAUCAGCACUCACUUUGGGGAUCUGUCGCACGAGGACGCCUUGGAGUCGUUCAGCUUCUCGACGGACCUCCUCAGCAAGUACUUGAAGUUGGCCGAUCCUCCAGUCGACGCAAUAGCGGAGGCCCUCAUGCCAUGGGACCCCAACGCUGGUGCCUUCAGCAUGUUUGAGCCCACCCUGGCGAGCGUGACGGGCGACAUCGACUCGAAGAUCACGGUGUCGCGCGAGAUCUUGCUGGAUUGCGUCGUGCUACCUGCCCUGGCGGGCAGCUCCAAGAUCGAGUACCUUCGUGACUUCGGCCGCUCCUUGGUCAAAGUUUUCUCGCGAGUGAAGCCGACCCAGAGCACCGGCGUGAAGGAGUACUACCGCAUCGUGAAGGGCGUGGGCCUACUGUUGCACCACCUGCCGAAUAUGGACCCCAGAAAGGCGCUCCAGGAGACGAUCGCACGUAUGACCAAAACGCUCGUGGAGCAGGAUCCCGAGGUCGUGGACGCGUCCAUCAUGGACACGAUGGAGAAGCACAUGCAGCGGUACUCCGAGAUCGCCAACUUCGCGCUGGGCCAGGAGGGGUGCAAGCUGGGCUCCGCCUACAACGACCUCCUGAAGCGACGCAGCGACGUCGAAGGUGAAAGGAAGGAAUCGGCGCUCAUCAUCGCAGCCAAGGCCUACAACGACCGACCCGACGACGCGACGCUCUCCCUGCUCACGACCACCAUCGACAGCAACAAGGCCGCCCGCUGUGAGACCACGCCAGCGUGCGAGGAGCUCGCCAAGGCGGCCUGCCAGCUCGUCAACAAAAUUCCGGUCUUGAUGGUGGCUGAUGUUGGCGCGGUCUUGCAGAGAGGUGACAUGGGCGAAUUGUUCUACCAAUCGUUCGACCGUUACCGCGUUGCCACCUUGUUGAAAGAUGCGAUCGGCGGCUCGCUUGAGACCUCGACCGAAGAUGCAUUCGACCAGUUUGAAUCAGCGGUGAUGGUGCUGCCCAGCAUGAACUCGCACGGGCAGGACGAGCUGCUCAGGAAGUACGGCGGCGACAUUUUUGAGGAGUUCUCCCGCAAGGUCGCUGGCUGCGUUCCCACCGCCGAGAAGGCCAUGGCGUGUUACAAGACCAUGGCCAGGGAUACGGCGUUCUUAGACGCCGACCAGACGGCUCUCACUACUUGGACGGAUACAAUCGGCAGCGACGACUUCAGCGAGCUCGACUCGCAUCUGAAAGCGACCCUAUACAAGCAGUUCGGCAUCGCGAACAGGAUCAAAGGCCGCCUGAAGACACUCACAGUCAAGAAAGCAACCUUCCACAUGGCCUGCGCGGCGGUCAAGGAUCAGACGGCGAACUCCGGUCACGUGGUGCAGCGGAACAUCGACGCCAUGACGGCGAGGGGAGCGUCCGUCGACGACAUCCCGAAGGCUUUCUGGACUGAGGACAUGCAGCUCAUCAACAACGACAUGCUGGCCCUCCUCGACGACGAGGGCUGGACGUCGCAGAAGGAGGCAAACAACAUCCACGUCUGGACAAAGCCAGAGCCCGGCACGGACACGGUCUCGGUCCGCAUCGCGGGCGUGCAGGAGGGCCCGUUCGCGGAGUAUUGCGCGAUCGGCAAGGAGGUGGCCUUGUACAAGGAUCGGGGGGGGACUGGAUGUGGGGCGUGA